AAGAGACAGCGUCGGGUAUCCCAAGAUGGGGAAGAUGAUUCCAAGUUGGAAAACCACCCGCAAGAAUCUUCAAACGGCACAAUCGUCGAGCCCAAGAUCCCAGUGACACCUGGUGCCCUGACGGCGGAGUUUAUGAAAAUUCUACAAUACAAUGACACCCUCGCUACGCCAGCCCUCAAGCUGCUCGACUUGUACUUUUGCCUAUGGGAAUGCUACGUGGUCAAAUCUGCCGAGAAGAUGCGACUUGAGGAUGAGCAGCGACAGCUUCAAGAGUUGAAUGAGUGGCUAGCAGGCGACAGCGACAUCCUUCUACAGCUUUGCGAGGAACAGAAAUUGGUAUUGUGGGAUCGAAAACGAGCAGUUCAGGCCCUUUGUAACGGCGUGGUUUCAGCCUUGCAAGCGAGCGAUCCUCAAGCCUAUCAUGUUAAUGGGAAUUGA